AUGAGGUUCUGCGUAGGGUCGGAAACUCUCAAUCCUGCCCGUCUGGAGGGUCAGGAGGCCGGGAGCGAGACGAAUAACUUCUUGGGUCUUGCUCCAAGGAGCGGAGAUUCUCGGCAGCGACCCUCACACCUGCGCGGCUGUGGAGUCGCCUCGCAGCACCGAGCUGCGAGCGCCCUGCUCCCGGUCCCGGCUCGAACUGAACUGUGCAAGUGGCGGGUCCUGGAGCCCCGGCCCAGGAGCGGCGAGCCCAGGUCUGAGCCCAGGGCGCAGCGGCCGGCCGCCGAGGCCCUGGUUCGGGACCGAGCCGAGGCGCGGAGCGGGAGAGCCGGGCGGGCGGGCCGGCGCCGCGUCCGGGCGAGUCAGGGAGCAGGACCGCGGAAGGCAGGGAGACGGCCGCAAGCAGAGGGCAGAGGGCAGAGUGCAGAGAGCGGCCUGGCUCGGCGGAGGGCGCCGCCCGGCCGGAACCGAGCUCUACGCGCGGGACUGCGGCCGGCGGUGGGGCGCGGACCCAGGGUGGCCACGAGUCCCGAGCGACUCCCCGGCCCACGGCGGGGGGCGUGCCUGCUCCCAACCCAGCCGCCCCAGCCCCGCGCGCCGGUCAGCCGCGUUGCCGCCGGGGCAUGUGAGCGGGAAGCCCGGGCUGCCAGCCGCGAGGACCCGUACGGAGGAAGAGCCGGAGCAGGAGCGCGGAGCCCGGAGCCCAGCGCCUGGCUGAGUAACUCGGCAAAGGCAGCGAUUAGGGAUGAGCUGGGUGACAGUGGGGAAGAACAGAGGUAAAACCAGUCCACACAAGGCACCAGCCCCGUAGGCAAGAGACCUGCCUCUGAACAGAUCCCCUGGCCAGGAGGCCUCUGUGGGUCUCAGUUUCCCACUGGAAAGACAGCAAGACGCCUCGCCCCUGCUGAGGCACUCAGGAAAUGGAUGGGAAACAGGAAAAGCACCUGGAGGUUUCUGGAAGAAAGAAGCGCUGAAUGUUAGAGUGAUGGAAGAGAUAACAAGUAGGCAGAG